UUUUUGUUUCUGUUUGAUCAAUCAAUCAACAAUUAUUCAUCGAUAUAUCAAAAAAAAAAAAAAAAAUUUGGCAUCACUCAAACAAACGGAAAUUUGUCGAUAAUUAUCUAAUAAUUCUUUUCAUCAUCAUCAUCAUCAAAUUCAUCAUCAAUCCAUCGUAAUCCAUCCAGCCAAUCCAUAAUGUCAUAUCGUCAUAGUCAAAAUAAUUAUAAUCGUAAUCAUCAUAUUGUUGAUGAUGAUGUACAACAUUUUGGCCCAAUAGCCAAUACAAUAAUAACAACAUUAUCGCAGGAUAAUCUAUUUUGGUUAUGUAUGGUUAUUGUUGAAAUAUUGGCCCUGACAUUGAUAAUUUGUUCAAUUUGUUGGAUGCUACAAAUUGGUGGAUUUGGUUUCGAUGAUAAUAGUAUUUUCAAUUUUCAUCCUGUUUGUAUGACAUUGGGCAUGAUUGUUUGUAAUGCCAAUGGCAUUCUUGCAUAUCGAAGUACAAAAAAUUGGAGCUAUAAACGACAGAAAACAUUACAUCUAUUGCUACAAUCAUCGGCUAUAAUCAUAUCAUGGAUUGGUAUUGCAAGUGCUUAUAUAUUUCAUGAUAAUAAAAAGAUACCACAUUUUUAUUCAUUACAUUCAUGGCUUGGUCUUACAGCAUUGAUCGGUGUGACAAUCAGUGUGAUUACAUCAUUUCUGACAUUUUAUUAUCCAAAAGCAUCAGCUGUUUAUUGUAAAUUAACCCUACCGUUUCAUAUAUUUGGAGGUAUCACGAAUAUUGCUUUAUCGGCCGGUAUCUGUGCUAUUGGUAUUACCGAGAAGGCUAUUUUUAGCUUAAAUAAUAAACCAGACGUUAAUCAACAAUAUUCAGCAUUACCAUCGAUAGCAAUAUUAUUGAAUGUAUUUGGCGUAAUAUUAGUCAUAUUCACCAUAUUGGUCGUGUGGAUGGUUACGAAACCGGAAUUUAAAAAUAAAUAUAAACAAACAUUGGAUUCACAUUAUGCAUUACGUCGUCAGACUACAUUGGAAUAAUUUUCAUUAUCUUUGAUUUUUAUCUUUGAAAUAGUAGAAGAAAAAGUGACCAUUUCAUUCUAUUCACCAUACACCCAUUCAUUUUAUUUUCUUCAUUAAUUGCAUUUCACACCUUGAAAAAAAUGAAAUUUUUUUUAUUGCUCAA